CCCGCGGAAGGGGCAGUGACCAGGACAGGAGCUUCCAGAGACAAUAUUUAUUCGUACGGAUGUAUCUGUACCGAGGAUAGAUGAUCGACUGGCUUCAGGAGUUUUGAUGAAUCAAUAAUGUAUAUUCGACGACACAAGGAAUACGACUGGAUUCACCUUGUUGUGUUUCUUUGUCUUUGCAACUGUGCGGCUUCGCAAUUGUCCUACUCGAUUUCUGAGGAGGUGGACAAAGGCACCGUGGUGGGGAAUAUUGCAAAGGAUUUGAACCUCAAUUUACAGGAACUAACGACAAGGGAUUUGCGUGUUGUUUCGAGCUACAGUAAGACAUAUUUUGACGUGAAUUUGCGGACCGGGAACCUCUUUGUUAACGAGAGGAUAGACAGAGAGCAGCUUUGUCCGAGUGUGGUGAAAUGCUCAAUCAAAAUACAAGCCGUUUUAAACAACCCGAUGAGUGCACACCGCAUAGAGGUCAAUGUGUUAGAUAUAAAUGAUGAUUCCCCCGCUUUCAUUGAAACAACGUAUUCUUUGAAUAUUUCCGAAUCUUCUUUAACUGGAGAAAGAUAUUUUCUCCCAAUAGCAGAAGACGCGGACAUCGGCAGUAACUCAGUAAAGACGUACAAGUUGAACCAAAAUGAAUAUUUCUCUCUUGAUGUGCAGAGCGGUGGAGAACACGGUGUGUCUGCUGAGCUAGUGCUGCAAAAGGCUUUAGAUCGAGAGAAACAGCCGGUGAUCACACUUGUCUUGACGGCUGUAGAUGGAGGGAAACCUGCUAGAUCUGGAACAUUGCAGAUACGUGUAAAUGUAUUAGAUGUAAAUGAUAAUAUACCGAAGUUUAGCAAAUCGCUGUAUAAAGUAAGUGUACCUGAAAAUACUGCUCGUGGAACCGUGGUAAUAAAGUUAAAUGCAACAGAUUUAGACGAGGGCAUGAACAGUAAGAUCCUGUACUCGUUCAUCAAACAAGGAAACAUUGAUUUAUCAAAUAUUUUCGAACUAAAUUCAGAAACAGGAGAAAUCUCUGUGAAGGGCACGUUAGAUUAUGAAGAGACGCCUGCUUAUGAAGUUAGAGUUCAAGCCACUGAUCAAGGCACCACUCCUCGUAGUGCGCAUGCUAAACUGCUAAUAGAGGUAAUUGACGUGAAUGACAAUGCCCCAGAAAUAUCUGUGACGUCACUCAUGACUCCAGUUAAAGAAGAUGCGGAACUGGGGACAAUCGUUGCUUUGGUUACAGUGAGUGAUAAAGAUGGAGGAAACAACGGUGUGACUAACUGUAGGGUAGUUGAGUCUGUUCCAUUUAAACUGAAGUCCAACUACAAAAAUGACUAUUCAUUAGUAGUAGACGGCCCACUGGACAGAGAAAACACUUCUCUUUAUAAUGUCACUAUUACAGCCACAGAUGAAGGAAGUCCACCUCUGUCCAGUAUCAGAGUCAUUACUGUUCAUGUUUCUGAUGUUAACGAUAAUGCACCUCGAUUUAUGGAGCCUGUGAUUCAUGUUUAUGUGAAAGAAAAUAGUCCAGUGGGCUCCGUUAUUUAUACAAUAAAUGCGUUUGAUCCUGAUCUCUACAGUAAUUCAAAACUGACUUACAAAUUGAUGGAAAAUUCUGCAAGAAAUAUUCCAAUUUCAUCUAUUUUAAACAUCAACUCGGAGACAGGAGACAUAGUCAGUCUUCAGUCUUUUAACUACGAGGAGUUAAACACCUUUCAGUUUAAAGUUCAGGCCACAGACUCUGGUGUUCCUCCGCUCAGCAGCAACGUGACUGUGAACGUUUUAGUCCUGGAUGAGAACGACAACAGCCCCACGAUCCUCGCGCCCUAUUCUGAGCACGGCUCCGUUAACAGUGAGAGCAUCCCCUAUUCUGCUGAAGCGGGAUACUUUGUGGCAAAGAUCAGGGCUGUAGACGCAGACUCUGGAUACAAUGCGCUGCUUUCGUAUCACCUGUCUGAGCCCAAAGGAAACAACCUCUUCCGGAUCGGAACCAGCACCGGAGAGAUCAGGACUAAGAGGAGAAUGAGUGACAACGACCUGAAAGCUCACCCCUUGGUGGUGUUGGUUUCUGAUAACGGAGAACCCUCCCUGUCAGCUACUGUGUCUAUUGACGUGGUGGUGGUUGAAAGCACAGCUGACAUCCAGACUCAGUUCAGACAUGUGCCCCUAAAGGAGGACAGCUUCUCGGACUUAAACCUGUAUCUGCUGAUCGGCAUCGUGUCGGUGUCGGUGAUCUUUCUGCUGAGCCUCAUCAGUUUAAUAGCUGUCAAAUGCCACAGGACCGACGGCAGCUUCAGCAGGUACAGCGCCCCAAUGAUCACCACCCACCCUGACGGGAGCUGGUCUUACUCCAAAUCUACUCAGCAGUAUGACGUGUGUUUCAGCUCAGACACGCUGAAGAGUGACGUAGUGGUUUUCCCCGCACAGUUUCCUCAAGUAGAUGGUGAACUGAUCAGUAUUAACGGAGGAGAUACUUAUACCAGAACUCAGACUUUACCCAAUAAUGACAAGGUGAGUUUUUUGCAGCCUUUUAAUCUUCUCUCCUUGCUUUCACAUACAUGA